AUGACUCCAGUCGAGGAGCCCGUGCAGUCCCUACAAGAAGCCUUGAACUUGGUCAGACUGCCUUCGGAAGGGCAGAUACGCCAGUUCAUGAGCACGAGAGCUGCGUACCUGCCGGGCUCCGACUUGACAAUCCCGGCUGGAAAUGUACGUAUGAUUACGCACAAGGCUGCCUUUGGAGGCCAUGUCUACGCCCAAGCAGCAUUGGCCGUGGUUCGGGCGUGGAGGGAGAUGGAGGAUGAAAAGGGGACGAAGUUGUCCGAUAGACUCGAUAUUCAUACAAUCAACGGCUUCUUCACCCGGCCCGGCAUACCCAACCGCCCCUACCUCUACACCGUCACACCCCUCACCUCCUCCCGCACCUUCGCCACCCUCUCAGUAACCGCCCAGCAGCCCUCCCAGCCCAGCACGAACCCGCAAGGUGACCACUUCCCCAAGGUCGACGCCUCCCUCCCGCUCUCCCCGCCCUGCUUCACGGCAAUUUGCUCCCUCAAGCUCCCCGAGCCCGACAGCGCCGGCGUCUCCACGCAGGAACCCCAGCCGCAGCAGCGCUUCGCCUCGAUCCUCUCGUCUCGCCCACCCUCGGCCUGGCCGCCCGCCCCGCCCGUCGACAUCACGGGCAUGGUGGAGAUCGCGGGCGCGCAUCAAGCGGGCAAGUUCCCCGUCGCGGAAAUGUACAAGGUCGAUAUGACGGGGUAUAACCAAGGAAGACCUGUGCAUGAGCGGCGCGAGCUGAUGUUAUAUCGCCUUCGCAAGCCGCUAACGUUAGUACCUGCAUGUGCUGAACCAGAAGGGAAUGAUGCCGAGGUGGGGGCGGCGGCGGUGUGGGAUGAUGAUGCCAACGCGCAUGUUGUUGCGCAUGCCUACGUCGCCGACAGGAACGGGCUGCUGCUGGUGGGGAAUCAUGUUGGGUUUGGGUACUCGCUGGCGCGGGCGGCGAGUCUGAGUUAUACGUUUGUGGUGCAUGUCAAUGCGGAGCAGGCGGUGAUGAGGGACGACGAAGGGGAUGGCUGGUGGGUGCAGGAGAUGUGGUUCCCGCGUACGGCGGCGGGCAGGGGGGUUGUCAAGAGCAAGAUUUGGAGUCCUACAGGUGUGCAUGUUGCGACCGAGUAUCAGGAUGGGUUGGUACAGGGCUUCGGGUUGGGCAAGUUAUAG